UUUGGGGCGAGAAGUUGUAAAAGUGCCCUGUUGGGCCGUUUAAGAGCGGCUGAGGAUUCAGACCGGCUUUCAUAUGCUCACAUUCACAACGCUGAUCACAGCAGGGAAGCCUCUGACAAAUAAGAUAACAAACAGAAAGUUAAAGGUUUAUCUGAGAAGACCAUCAAAAUGAAGUUAAUGGUCGGUAUCACGCUUUUAUUUUUGCUGCCCUUCUGUGCAAGCCAAACUUCAGUCCACAUUGACUCCACUCCCAAACCAAGCACUGAUGGUGUGAUCCAGACUACGACUCAAUCGAACGUGUCUCUGGUUUGUAUCCUUACUGGCGCUCCCAAAGAUGAGGAGUUGGUAUGGCUGAGGAAUGGUGCUAUGGUGAAACUGAAUGAUGAAAACAAGCAGAGUGGUAGCAGCGUGUGCAUCAGUCCUGUUAUCCAAAAGGAUGAAGGUGCCACGUUCACCUGUCAACUGAAGAGCAAUUCCUCCCAUUCGGCCUCAGUCACCCUCAACGUCACAUAUUGCCCAGAUGUCUCUGGUUCAGAGGAAGUUACUCUGGAAGAGGAGGAAUCCCUGAACCUGCAAUGUGACAUGAAGGCCAACCCUUUGGUAACGUCAGUGUCGUGGAAACUAAACGGAACCAUGGUGGAUCUAUCGACAGGUGGCUUCAUUAUAAGCAACGACGGUAUUAACACCAAGCUAUAUGUCAAGAAAGCAGACAGAAGCAUGCAUGAAGGCGAGUACCAGUGCACAGUAACCUCCCCCAUCUGUGAAUCUCUGAGCAAGACUUUCCAAGUCACUGUCACAGAUAAGACCAUAAAGUUCCCACUGAUGCCAAUGAUUGCGGGGCUGGUGGUGGUGGGUCUCACAGCUCUUCUUGCCAUAGUUUCACGAUGGAGGAUGAUUGCACGGUGCUUCAAAUAAGUGAUCCAAAAGAACCUGGUCCUCUGCAUUGUCAUGAAGUGAGACCAUCGAUGAAGCCUUCUGCGUGGUGCAAGAGAUUUUGAUCACCCAGUGAUAUGGCUUUUUUUCAUUUAAUUUCUUACAUUUUGGACUUUACCCGAAGCUAGACGCUCUCCCCACCUAAUAAGUAAACAAAUAAAUGAAAUAAUUGUGUUUCCAAGAAGAACUGAACAUAUAAGCCAGUAUGUUUUAAAUGGUAUUAAUUAUUUUAGUUUAAUUUUAGUAGAUUCAAACAAGAUUUGUUAUUCCAUCGUGUUUCCAUUAUUUUCUUUUUAGUUCAGGCUACAAUCAUCACAUUGUUCUCUUGUUUGUGGGGAAGACAGAAGAGUUGGCUUUCCCACACUCACAGUUCAAUAAGCAUUUUUCCUGUGCUAAAUAUUCAAAUGUAUGUCAAAAUCUGACAAAUGUACAAACUUGUGUAUACUGUAAGAAACAUAGGAAACACACUGUAAUGAGGGAUUUCAGAAUUAUGUAACGAGGCAUUAUAUGCAGAAUAACCUGCUAUCACAGAAUAAAUAAACCUAUUUAUCUGUUCCAGAAAGAAAAAACUAAAUUAUUCACAAAUACAAUUUAAGUUGAACAAUAUCAAAAGAAAUACAAUGUAAAUAUAGAGUUAGCAGAGAAAGAAAGGAUUUAAAUUACCGUAAGUUAAGAUGAAUGAUUUUAUGUUUGAUGCUUAGUUAAAAAAACAAAAUUCAAAAUCAAGUUUUUUUAAAUUUUGGUUUGGAAUUAAACUGGGUUUUUUCAUUCUAGCUUAGUGGUAAUAUUGACAACUUCUGAUGUUAGCAAUGAUUCAAUACAAAUUUCAUAUCUUGACCUGUUUUUUAGGGUUGAUUGAGCAUAAUACAUAACAAGAAAGCUACUUCCAAAAAAUUACAAAUCUUUGUAAUUCAAUACUGUUUUCAAAAAAAUUAACCCUUUUUAUUUUGUAAAUGCAGGAAAAGCAUUUAACGGUAAAAGUUUUCUCUUUAAACACUAAGCACUUUUUUGAAUUCUUAAAUAUUUAACUUGUUUAUCAAUGCAAAUGUGUAUUUAAUAUUGCUUGUUGUAGUCAGUAGUCAUCAUAUUUAUGUAUAGUCGAAUAACGUAUAAGUAGAAGUACUCGUAUUUCUUUUUUGUACAAACUAUAGACAGAAAUCAGUGAUUCUCAAGAAGCAAUGCUAUCAGCUAAAAGUCAAAAAUCAGUAGCUCUCUAAAUGUUCAGAUAACUAUUUUAAAGCCUCACCUCGUGUAAUAACAUCCGGAUUUUAUUCAACCAGCAUAAUAUAUUUUGGUGUCUUGUAAAGCAUUAUUUUUGUAUCUAAUUUCUUUGAGGUCCACAUGUCCACUGAACUUUAGCUCCUGACUCAACAAUAAAGCCCAGGCUUGUUAAAAUCAUGUUAUACAUUUACUCUUAAUGUGGCAAAAGGACAGGGAUUAUGAGGUUGGGUGGUUCAAGGUCUGGAUCUUUGAGUUCCUGUCCAGGAACAAACACUCUGGAGGCUUACAUGAAAGAAGGCAACACCAGCUGCUCUGAUGUAAACCACAUGUUGAUUAAAUAAACAAAACUAAUACGUA